AUGCUUUGCACCGUCAUCACGUUGCUGUUCGCUAUGGCAACAGCCCUUGCUGAUGGAAGUUCGAGGAGUACCUUCGACAGUCUCAGGGCUCAGAACAAAUUGGCUUAUACUCCUGAAGAAGAGCUUCAGCACUUCAAUCGCUUCGAGGAAGAGCUACAAGCCAGGCCUGUGCCGUUGUCUUCCGAUGAGCUGGCAGAGCUGUACGAGGAGACAAAACCAGCUAUCAUGCAAAGUCUCGUAGACGAGGUCAACUCUAAACAGAAUCUAUGGACGGCGUCCACUGAACAAGGGAGAUUCUACGGUAGUUCCCUCGGUGAUGCUAAGAAGCUUUGCGGGACAUUCCUUAACGGGACUGAAGAGCUCGAGGAGAAGGUCUAUCCACCGGAGGAGCUUGUUGACAUUCCAGACAGCUUCGAUGCCCGCGAUGCGUUCAAGGAGUGCAAGGACGUCAUUGGCCACGUGAGGUAG